GCGUGGGUUGCUCCUYAGGGAUUGCCUUAAACGCCCUCAGGCGGCGGCGUUGCUACGUGACGAAGGUAUGCAAAUUGUUUUAAACUUUUGUUAUUAUUUUUGUAAAACUCUUUGAUUGGCUGAGGAGCGUUCCAGCAGUUGGAACCGGUUAUAUAAGCGUGGAUGUCGGAGCUGGUCGAAGGAAACUAGGAGAAAAGCGACAAGACAGGAUGUUUACGCUGAGGAAAACACACCUGGAGAGAACACUCUUCCACACACUCAUGGUGCUGCUUCUGCUGACCACAGCCGAUUUGGCUAAAAUCUCUUCGACCGAUGUGUCUCCUCCGGACUCAAACUCAACUCUGUCUCUCAACAGCAGCAUGGAGACACCUAAAGUCCAGUUUUUACACAGACCCUGUGGAAGUGAACAUUCAAAUUACUGUCUUCAUGAGGGUAAAUGUGUGUACCCCCGAGACAGCAACGACACUCCUUCCUGCAUAUGCAAAGAUUCGUACCAAGGACCGCGCUGCGAGACCUACAGCAGUUCCAUUACUGGAGCCUUAAAUCAGGACCAACUGAUCGGCAUCAUCUUAGGUGUCAUCAUGGUCGCCCUCUUUUUGGCCGUGCUCAUCUCCUGCUAUGUCUACUGGAGAUACAGAGCAUCAUCGUCUAUGACAAAACUGGUACCGUCCGAGUCUUCAGUAUGACCGGUUUCAAAUAUUUAUCAUCGCCAUCAUUUCACAUAGAAAGUUUUUUUCUUUAUUGUAGAAAACCACAACUCAAUUAUUCUGUUUAUUUUAUAUAUUCUUAAUGUAAACAGUUAUUCUGCACUGUGAUCAUCGAAAUGAGCAAAAUCUCUGCUGUAUAUAUUAUUAUUAUUAUU